CAGGACUGUUUCACUGUCAGCGAAAGCUUUUACAAACUCAAAUGACAGCAAGUUACCGGCGAGGCACAUCAAUGCACACUCUGGAUGGAUUGCUUGCUGCUUGUUUUUUGUUUUGGGUUUAAAAUUUUUUUUUUUUUUAUUGCAAACACCUGAGAGUUCCAGCCAUGUUUGCAAGCUGACCACGACAUAAGAAAAAAAAAAAAAUACUGGCCAGAGAGAGAGAGAGAGAGAGAGAGAGAGAGACAGACAGAAAGAGAGAGAGAGAAAAACAUCACCGGGUCAAUCUUUCUCUUUGUAAUUGGAAGCCUGAAAAACAGAAGAAAAAGACUCAAGCUGACUGCUCUGGGAGUCAGAUGAAAGUACUUGAAGGAGGACAGGCUUAAAAAAGCACCAUGCCAGGCCUGAUCAACAAAGGGAAACGGACCGUCCUGCCACUCAGUGUCUCUGACAUCACUUCCUGUGUCAGAGGUUACACCCUGGCUAUGACCGCUUCCAUGACCUACAACAACAUUGAGGACCAUCCCAUUGAAGGAGUCUUCGUUUACCCCCUGGAGGAGUGCUCCACAGUGGUGGGCUUCGAGGCCGUCGUCUCCAGUCAGGUCAUCACCGUUCAGAUCAAAGACAAGGCCAAAAUUGACGACUGCUACUUUGACUGCUGCUCAGUGGCCAACGGUUCGUUAAGGUCUGGCAGUGGUCGCAUUGUGCUGGAUGAAGACUUUGAGCGGACCGUGCUGGUGGUCAACCUGGGGACCAUUCCAGCCCUGGAGACGGUCACCGUGCUGGUCAGCACCUCCUCCGAGCUGACCACCCUCCCAAACGGGGCCGUCAAGGUGACUUCCCCAAAAGUCUGCACCCCAAAAGUCCAGCAGUCCGUCAACGAGGAGCAUGCUUUCUCACCAAAGCCGCCUGGAGUCAAGGACAGGCACCAGUGUGCCCUCGGACCGCACGACCAGACCUCUGCCAACAGCCCGCUGUGCCUGGCCUGGCUGCUGGAGGAAGAAGCCAUAAACUCCAUCGACUACGAGUUCAACUUCCAGCUGGAGAUCCGGGGGCCCUGCCUGCUGGCCGGAGUGGAAAGCCCCACACACGCCAUCCGGGCCGAUGCCGACCCCUCGGCCCGGUCCGCCACCAGCAUCGUCAUCACCCUGGCGGACAAGUACACCUACGACUGCCCCGUGGAGAUCCUCAUCUACCCGAGCGAGCCGUUCAGGCCGCACGUGCUCAUCGAGGACGGCGACAUGACGCCCGAGGAGUACGAGGAACACCUGAAGGGGAAGAGCGAUUACAUCAGAGCGAUGAAGAGGGACCCCAGUGACAGGAAGAAGGUGGAGGUGAUACGCAAGCGGCUGCACAAGGACCUGCUCCACAACCCCGUGGCCAUGCUCAACUUCUGCCCCGACCUGAAGGGCGUGACCUCUGACCUGAGGCGCGCCCAGGGCGAGUUCAUCUUCCUCAUCGACCGCAGCGGGAGCAUGAGCGGCGUCAACAUCGGCCGGGUGAAGGAGGCCAUGUUGGUGAUUCUGAAGAGCCUAGUCCCAGCGUGCCUGUUUAAUAUCGUGGGAUUUGGCUCCACAUUCAAAAGCCUCUUCCCCUCCAGCCAGAGCUAUGGUGAGGAGUCCGUGGGCGUGGCCUGCGAGCACAUCAAGAAGCUCCGAGCCGACAUGGGCGGCACCAACCUCCUGGCGCCCCUCAGCUGGAUCCUGCAGCAGCCCCCGCACCGGGGACACCCCCGGCUUCUGUUCCUGCUCACCGACGGGGCCGUCACCAACACCGGGAGGGUGAUUGAGCUGGUGCGGAGCCACGCCCGCUACACCAGGUGUUACUCUUUCGGGAUUGGUCAGAAUGCCUGCAGGAGACUCCUGAUUGGCCUCUCCACUGUUUCCAAAGGAACCGCUGAGUUUUUGGCAGAGGGCGAGAGACUGCAGCCAAAGAUGAUCAAGUCACUGAAGAAGUCCAUGGCCCCAGUUCUCAGUGACAUCGCCAUCGAAUGGUUGUUUGCUGAAACAAAGGAAGUGUUACUAUCCCCAGUGAGCUCCGCCUACCUGUUUCCUGGAGACCACCUGAUUGGCUACAGUGUGGUCUGCGAUACUGCACGCUACUACCAAAACCCCAAGUCUGACAAGAGGAGACGCUACUGCUUGAUGCGCACAAACGACUCCGCCGGUUCGGUGUUUUACCAGUCCCAAGAGGAGGAAUCUGGGCAAUCGGCUUCUGAGAGCCAAUCAGGACAAAAGGAAGGCCAGGCCACGCCCCUUCAUGACACAUACCAGGAAGUGUUUACGGACAGCAAACGUGGGUCCACAGAGCAGGGCUCCAUGGAUGGCAAGACCUUGACAAGAAGACGGGCGUACAGCACCAACCGGACCGUGGAUUACGGCUCCAUGAAGAGGGUCCCCACUCCCAGUGACUCAAGCUCAGUGACGGGGAAGAACCCGUUUACGCGGGUGGGCGUGUGCAGAACCUUAUCCAGAACCGGAUCUCAGAAGCCAUCUCAUGAAGGAGGAGCUGAUGCCUUGCAGCUGAAUGCCAGUUUGCAGGCUGAGGCCCAGGUGACGGACGUCCAUUUUAGGUCAUCCAUUGACAAAACCUCCGCCAGCGGUUAUGGGGAGCCAGAGGGAUACACCCAUCAGCUUUGCCGACCGGAAAUUCACCCGGAGCCACACCCCACUGACCUGAGCUCAGCCAAUCACGGAGGGCAGACUUGCACGGCAGUGGUCACGGGACUGCUGUGCGGAAAGCCGACGAGGUGGGAGGUGCCGUUCGACCUGGAGCCCUCCAGGAAGUGGAGGGAGCGGGACGAGAGGUUGCAGGAGGACCUGUGGAGCGAGACCUUCCACCACCUGGCGGCACGGUCCAUCAUCCAUGACUUCGAGCAGAUGGCGGAGAGGGAGUGCGAAAUUGAGCAUGGUUCUGGUAGGCGGUACCAGCUUUACGCCACUCACAUCAGCAAAACCUGCAACAUCCUCAGCAAAUAUACUGCGUUCGUGCCCUUAGACCUCGAAGCCAAUGAAUACUUACAGACUGCCAUUGAGUACACUAGGCCUGCAGAGACGCAGAAGCACGGCGGCCAUGUUGGAUCCUGCUCCAGGAGUCUGAAGCACCGGGGGUACUCCAUCGGCCUGGGGCGUUCCCAGUCCGUGUGCACGUCGGACGGAGGCGAAGACCCACCGUCUGCUAAUGCUGAAGAUGGAUUAUCUCCCUGUAGCACUCCCUCAUCUGCAGGAUGGGAACGAAGCAGCUCCCCUGAAGCUCCUCAGAGGACUCCCUCGGUCACCUCAGAGCACUCUCAGAGAUCCACGGAGAGCACCUUCUCUGCCAGGCUGAGUCUGAGCAGGACGCGGCUGCUGACCCGUGCGGCCCGGGGAUUCAUGAGCCGGUCGGCCAGCAAAGCGAGCGAGUCCAUCGGAGAGAGCGACAGCGACAAUACCGACUAUGUUCCCCUGGUAUCUUUGCAGUUAGCCUGUGGGGCCUUUGCCCUGAACAGUGCCCUGUGCGAAGCCAUCAACGUUCCCAUGGAGAAGCUCAAGUGGACCUCCCCCUUCACCAGUCACAGGGUGAGCCUGGCCCACGGGUCCCACUCCAGCGCGCACAAGGCGGAGGGUCAGGAGCCCGAUGGGACGGCCAAGUCUCUGUUCGGGACUCCCCUGAAGGAGGGACAGGGCGUCGCCCUGAACCCCACCGUGCCGUCCAGGUUUCCCAAAUCAGGGGACGAGCCUGCGUCCCUGCCGGCCCCCUUUCACAGCUGCCCCGCAGAGCCCCCGCGCUCGCCCGCCAGCUCGGUGACCGACAGUGGGCGGGGCUCCGAGUCGGAGGCCGCGGAGACUCCGCCCACCCUGCCCAGCCCGGUGGGGUUCCAGGGGCCCGAGGGGAUGGUGUGGGCCACGGCGGUGGCCCUGGCCUGGCUGGAGCACAGCUCGGCGGACUACUUCAUCGAGUGGGAGCUGAUCGCCGCCAAGGCCAGCGGCUGGCUCAGCGCCCAGCCGAUCCCGGAGGGCCGCGACCUGGCCACGGUCAAGACCGCCGCCAACCAGCUCUUCGUCAUCCUCAGACACUGGGACGAGAACCUGCAGCUGAACAUGCUCUGCUACAACCCCGGCAGCGUCUGAGCGAACGCUCGGACGUCCUGGGAAGGCUCUGUCUGUCCUUCCACGGUUUCCAACUGCUGGUUUUGAACGAUGGAAGCACACAUCUGGAUCGCGGAGGAGCUGGCUGGUGGAACGUAUGCUGAAAACAGGGAGACUGCCGCACACUACCAAGCUUCGAUGCAAUAGAUAGAAUAUCUUUAUUUUUUUGGUUUUAAGCCAAACCAACGUACAAAACAAUAAAGAUAUUCUAUGCAUUGAAGCUUGACAGUUUGGCAGUCUCCCUUUUUACCAACUGUUGUUUUAAGAUAUAGUUGUUGGGGGGGUGUCCUAAGAGGGACCAUAUGGUGUACAGUGUUAGCCUUGAUUUAUGUGGAGCUGAAGGCACUUCUGCAUGUUGGGAUGCUGAUGAUAGACUGCUGUAUUGACGUGUAAAAAAACAACAACAACAACUGCUUUGGUCUGAUUCUGAAUUCUGCAGUUUCAAAGACUCAAAUGUGAAUUCUCUAAGGAAUGUAGGCCUACAUCCUGUGAAAAUGAUACAGGGACCUGAAGGGUUUUUAAUUUGAAAGAAGAACAGAUUUCACGCCCUGUAUGAUUGUUCAGUCUGACCUCUGUGACUCACUAGCAAAACCUGCAAUAACGGCAAACCAGUAUCACCACAGAGGCUUUACGUGCUCGGGGGCUGAAGUCGAAAACACGUUAUAAUUCUGGUGGCGUGGGAUAAUUCUGGCGGCGAGGGUCGUAGCCCGAUGUAAAACAGAUUGUUUUUGGAGGUCACUCCGGGAGGUCACAGAGGUCAAACCAUAGCAUUCUGCACCCAUUGCUUCCAGUCCUAUUCUAACCUUUCCACAUUAAACAGAGGAUUCCUAUGUCCAUAGCUGCACCUUGUUCAAUGGAAAAAAAAAAAAAUAGAAUUGGAUGAACAAACUCACAUUACCUGAGCCUCCUGCAUUAUUUAACUGUACAUAAUCAUAGUCCAAGUCUGACAAGGCCUUUGUGCCAACAUAAGGGUAUGUACAGAUAACUGUUACAAACGAGGUUCAUAUUUUCUUUCAUGGUGGUAGUGUUUGAACUGACAUCGCAUCCCCUUCCUUUACAAGUGAUAUUUUGAGUUGUUGUUUGUGACUAAGAUUUCUUUAACCGCAAGUGCCUGUGUAUGCCUUGUUAGUGUUAAAUAGGACCCAAGGACUCCAGGGCUGUCCUGCGAUGUCUUGAAAAUGUAUAUAUUACACCGGUGUAGAGCGACUGUUAUAUUCUGUGACAUAGUCUUUUCUCAGUAGCAGUACUUUCUUUGAAAAUGGUGGACUUGGUUUUUUGAUGUUUUGGCACUGUACAAAAUGAUUUCUUGGUCAAUUACAUCAGUAUUGAAUGUAUGAAAGUUUCUCAAAAAAAAAAACUAUUUUAAUCUGCAUUGAAAAAGCUUUAUGUUAAUAUGAGUACAGGUUGUAUCAAAGACAAAGGAAGAAUUAGUUUGACAUAAUCUGUUCAUGGACAUGUCAGUAGCUCUGAAAAUAACAAUCAAUCACAUCGGGGAUCUGGCAGAUGACAGAGAAACAGAGAUGACAGUGAUUUAGUGUAGCAGCGGGUAGGCAGUCUUAUGUCUGUUUAAUCUGGGGAUGAUUAAAGACGUAGAUUCAAAGGUUUGUCAUUUACCAAAGGCCCCCUUUUAUCAGCAAGGGACCAUCCAGUAAAUAUUAUGUUUGUAUGAAGUGCAUUAUGAGAAAUCUACCGAGGGAAUAUUACACUUUAUGCACACCGUUUUAAAUUACUCUGUCGCACCAGUCUGUCUCUCUGUUCUUCAGAAACCUCUCAAGCAGGUAGUGUCUGUGUUUGCUCUGUGCUUCACGCAUAAAUUGAACCUCCAGUUUAGCAUUUCAAUGGUGUCACUGAAGUGUUUGCGUAUUUUGUGAAGGGUGCCGGUGGUGUUGUUCUCAAAAAUCUCCAAGACCAAUAAUGUGACUGUUGUUGCAUGUAAUAAAGUCUCACCGUGAUGCAAGUCUCAUAAAGCACCCUCAUCUACACAGUUUUGUUUGGUAUGCAAAUCAAGCCAAUCAAGUGUUUAGAUGUGAAACAAACACCAAAAUAUUGAGGACUACGGGAAACGUGUCCAACAGCAACAGUCGACCCACUGCUAUGGGCGAGCCUUAUAAGACCCCUCAGAAUGCUGUUAAACCCCCCCCCCCCCCAUGAGGACACGUUCAAUAAACCCGAUACCAGUUUGGUUGGUCAGUGCUGCACGAAUACAAAUAUUAGUUUAUAAAAAAAUAUGCAAAUAACUUAAAUGUGCCCUGCCCCCUUGACAUUUUGACAUUUGCUGCCCCCAACACUGAGUCACGGCUGACUGAACGUAAGUGACAAAGUCAGCCAUGAUAGUGAAUUGACUUGUUAACUUAUCGUUAUUUGACACGCAAAUUGACUAUUUAAGAAAAGACUAGUGAUUGGCUAGCUGAUAGUUAUUAACUAUGGACCUAUAAUGUCUUUUGAACCAUUGUGUCUUAUAUCUAAUUUAAACUAGCACAACAAAUUGCAUGGUCACUCUAUAUGUGCAUACAGUGCCCUCAAAAAGUAUGGGAAUGGUAAAAUAAAAUUUGUUGGGGUUUUUUCGCUACAUAAUUAAGGCAUUUGGCUGUUUCUGUAAAAUGAUAAAACAUAUAUGCAUGUAAAUAACAUAAAAUAAAAGCUGAUUGUCUGUA